CAAAAAUCGACAGGCAAAAUAGAUCUGCAUCCGGAUCUGCUGUGCGCCGAUAUCGGCCCAGCUAUAGUUUUUUUGAAGAGCGUACGUCAGGUCUUGUUUAUCAUUGAGAACUAUUCCCCUUGUAUCCCGUUGAAAGAUACUGAUACUCACUUAGUUUUGAUCUUCACGCUUUUGGAAGUGCCUUGCUGUGCUGUUGCUCGAGCUUGAAAGGUGGACCUCGACGGCGUUCAUCAGACGUCACGCCGCCCGGGAAGGUAAAAAUCACAACCACAAACUCGCGUGCUAAGUGUACUACUAGCCCUUCCCCUUCCCCGGUUUCUAUCUCCUCCUCCUGUGCCCGAUGUCGGCCGACGCAAAGGAUGUGGACCAAGACGCGGAACCUGCCGUUGCGGAACAACAAGAUGCGGAGAAAUCAGAGUCCGGCCCGGAGUACGAGAUGUUCGCCUCGCCCUUCAUGUCGCAGAACGGCGGGGCCGCGGGUAGUAAGACCAAGGGCAUGCUCGACCGGGUCGGGACCAAGUUGGACAUUUUUGACGCACCACCACCACCGGCAGUGGGGGCAGCAGCUGCAGCUGGUGCGUCCUCCGCAGCUACAACUUCUACUGCCGAUAUGAAUAACGAUAACCUACUAGUUCCCGCACCACCUCCUCCCGCCCCAAUCGCCAGCUCUGGCGUGCACGCUUCGGCCGCACCAAUUGCCUCGUCUGAAAGAACUUCUCCUUCGGGGGCAAGCGCAAGUAGCAGCAGCGCAGCUGCACCGAGUGCUGCAGCUGGGAUAAACAGGACGAAGACUGUCAGGAUAGACGACGGAACUGGAUCAACAUUCCAAGGUGCUGGAAAUAUCAUGGAAGACGACACCUAUGGUAGCGUGCUCGCGGCGCCGGCGGAGGAGCCGGAUCUCGUAUCACUAUCGCAAGCACCAGCGGACCCGAUGAUGAAAGGAGACGAAACAGGAGAAGCAGAUAAACCAGCAUCGUCUUCUACUUCCAGCGGAGGACCUCCUGCAGCGACAAACAGGAAAGGAGCUUCACUCGCCAGGAAGGGUAGCACUGCGGACAACAGUACUGGUCUCGAGACAGUGCCAGGACAGCCGACAGACGGACCAGCACAACCGCCAACUGGCCCCGACCAUCAAGAGAUGCUGGAUGACGGUGACGAAGACCUGCUGAUCCCGUCGGGGAGCGAAUUAGAGCGCAUGGAGCAGGAGCAAAAGCAGAAGGCCGAGGAGCGACGACGGUUGCAGCGGCAGCAAACGGCAUUCGAGGGCACGGGCGUGGAAAACUUAAAGACCGUGGUGUCCAUCUCCGACGCGCCAAUCGACGUGCCCAUCGAGGUCGCCGACGAGACGACGCUGCGCCGCUUGUCCGCGACCAUCCGUGCGGACGAAGUAUGACAGUGCAGAAGUCCCCCUCCCCCACCCCCUCAUUUGUAUAGCAUAAAGAUAAACGGCAAUAAAAACACCACCAUACAGAGAGCCUAUGCAUGACAAAUUCAUGCGCCUAUUUUAGUACUGUUGGGGCUUCCGGAAUCUGUCAUGCAAACAGUGCCACAGGGAACGGGAAGCGAAGCGCGUGGAUUUGGGGUUUUGCAUGACAAAUGAGGGGGAGGGGGAGUUGUGCACUGUCAUACGAAGAGGCGGCGCUGCAGAAGGCAAAGGAGGAGGAGUCGAGGAAGGCGGCACUGGAGUUGAAAAAACAGAACGAAAGGGCCGCGGGGAAGAAAGGAACGAAGCAUCAAAAACAAAUCUCCGCGGAGGACCAAGAAAAGCGGAGGAGAGCGAUAGCUGCGAUUCACGACGAUCCGGCCGUACAAAAUUUACGCACGUUCUUGAAGAAGAGACACGGAAAUAUGGUGCGGGCAUGGUACUAGUACAGGUUGUCUGUUUAUUUUAAUAAAGAGUUAAUAUUCCUAGAAGAUUUUUUUUUUUUUCUACGAGGUUUUAGUUUUUUACGUAUUUUUUUGUACAACUGAACUCCACCGAAACCGAUGUUUGAGUUGUUUGUGGGUCGCACUCGACGUCGGACGCUCUCUGUCAUCUACAAUGGCUUGCAUUGAAAAUUAGGUACACCAUAGACAAGGACGGCAACGGUGCCCUCUCCCAGUCUAUGAAUUGCAAAAGUAUCGUACUAGUAUAAAUCGCAUGACAAAUUCCCUCCGCAUGAAAAAUGGAAUUUGUAAUGCAGAUUUGACUUGGAAACAAGAUUUGUAAUGCAAGACUUGCAUUAGCAUUUAUACGAAUACGAUACUUUUGCACAGGAUACAGUCGGAGUUUUCCGAGCACUUGCGGCGCAUCGGGUACUAUGCAAUGCAAAAGCAUCGUACUAGCAUAAAUUGCAUUACAAAUUAGCCCAGCAUUACAAAUUAGAUUUGUCAUGCUGAUUUACCUUGAGAAAGAGAUUUGUAAUGCAUAAACGCAAUUGCUACGAGUGCGAUACUUUUGCGCAGGAUAGGCAUCCCGGGGCCCUGUUUACGCUGUGGAAGAAGCUGGAUCUGGACCAGAACGGGCGAAUAACGUUUGACACCUUCGAGCCGAAGGGCAGCGCUAUGCUGACGGAAUUCCGGGAAAAGGCCGAAGACGAGUUCGGGGACCUGCAGCGCUUCUUCCGCAGCUUGGAUGCGGACAAUAACGGUCGCAUAGUCGAUAUGGCGUUCUUCUCAAAUGUUACAUUUUCAACUGUUACAUGAAUUUGUGACGCAAGAAUGGCAAAAGCCAAAGGGGUGACCUUGCGCGUCUUGCGUGACAGUUUUGGCGCAGAUUCACAGCCUGUUUGGCUCUUCCAAAAUUUGUCAUGCGAAGCAGCUUGGUCGUGUCAAUUCUGAUUGUAGUCCUGCAUGACAAAUCAUCGAACAGUUGAGAAUGUUGUAACAUUUGAGAGCGCCAUAGUCGAGAAGGAGUUUGUGGACGGGCUGGUGAAGAAACUGAAGUACUUCUUACAUUAUGUUCUUGAUAUUGUGAGUUUAUCAAAUGUAAAAAUGUUUGGCUCUGGAAACUUGUGAUGCUGGGUGGCGUCUCAUGAUAAGGCCACAAAUGCUGGCUCAGCAUGACAAUCUUCUGAGCUUCUAGGUGUUGCCUAUUCUGCAUGAUACACUGCGUUUCUGCAUCACAGAAGAAUGGAGGUCUUGGGUAACGUGCAUGACAGAUUUAAGAGUCAACAUGCCAGACAAGCAAGACAAACAUGCAUUCUUCCAGACCCAGACAUUUUUGCACUUGAUAGAGUUCAUCGGCUAUGCGUUUGUUUCCAACUACCGUUGCUGUCUACCGCUCAAAGUGAUGUGCUACUUUGAAUCAAGUUCGGCGCAUUUAUGUGUGCGUUGUAGAGGUAGUAGAUAGAAGUUUUGCGGCGUGGUAAUUUCAUUGAAUUUGUGUGUCUUGUGCGUGUGUGCAGUUCUACUAUUUUCUCUCCGCGUCAUUUUGUGUGGUUUCGUUUUGAAGGUUAAUUUUGUUUUUGAACUUCAUUGUCCAUCUCGCACGAGGACCUUGAAGAAUUAAAAUCAAACGCACCUCUAGGUACGGUGAGGGCCGUGCCCGGCAGCUGUAUCAGUAUCUGAACGUGAAGAAGGAGGAAGGCAUCGUCCUCGCCGACGUGGACCCCCGCGUCCAGAAGGAGCUUCGCAUGGGCCAGGGUCAAGUCACGCUGGAGAUGCGGGUGGAAAUGAAGAAGCAGGAGCAACUGGACCUGAUCAAGCACGUACGGGAGAGGCAGGAGAAGAACUUGCUGCUCCAGCAGUCGAAAAAGUUUAGCCCCCUCGGCGCUUUCCGGAACUUUCUCCGCAAGAAAUUCGGGUCCAUUAUCGUCGCGUGGAUGCACUUAUCCUGUGCAAAAGUGUCGCAUUCGUAUUGCAAUCAUGCAUUGCAAAUCAUUUUCUCAAGGAAAAUCAGCAUUACAAAUUUUAUUUCUCAUGCUGGGGAAAUUAAUGCAUUUGUACGAGUACAGCGAUACUUUUGCAAUUCAUACCAUUUCGACAAGGACAACUCUGGGCGGAUCAGUAUGGGGUUCUCAAACGUUACAUUCUCAACUGUUACAUGAAUUUGUCAUGCAAAAGCACCAUCAUCACCCUCACGAUUAAGCUGCUUCGCAUGACAAAUUUGCGAAGGGCUAAACCGCACCUAGAUCUGUCCGGAAUUUGUAAUGCUACAGGUGUAACCUACUUCCCCCUUUCACUUUCCCCUUUCUUGCAUCACAAUUUCAUGUAACAGUUGAGAAUGUAACAGUUGAGAACGCCAUAAUCAGCUUCCGGGAAUUCACGCGCGGGUGUCGGGAGGUCGGGUACUUUUUGAACCUACGGCAGCUGUGGGUGCAGUUCGACCAGGACCGGACCGGGUUUAUCACGAUCGACUUCCUGGAUCCAGACGGCGACUUAUCACAGUGCACAACUCCGACUUCCCUCUGCAGCUCCCCCUCGUUUGAUGUCAUGCAAAUUUCCAUAAUCCAUUUUCUGUCUUCCCUUUAGCACUGCUUCCAUGACAGCACGUUCCAGAAGCCAAAACACCGCUAGAUGAACAAUCGGUCGCAAAUUUGUCAUGCAAAAGCCGCAUUUAUCCCAGCACUUGUGUUGGUCUUACGCCCUUCAAGUGAGCGGGACGAGGGGGACGAGCUGUGCACUGUCAUACGACUCGAAAGUUCUCACCGCCUUCACCAGCGCGAUUGUCGGGAUCCCGGAUAACAACGCAGCUACUGGUGUUGAUGGUAAUCAAGAAACGCAUAUGACAGUGCACAACGAACCCCCCCUCCCCCUUAUUUGUCAUGCAAAAUCCCAAAUCCAGUCGUUGCUCUGUGGCACUGUUUGCAUGACAAAGUCCGAAAGCCCAAACAGUACUACAGCAGGUACAGAAAUUUGUCAUGCACACGCUCCAAGGUCGCUGGCGUUUGUAUUGCUGCUCAUGCAAUACAAAUGAGGGGGAGGGGGAGUUGUGCACUGUCAUAACGCAGAAAGAGGAGUCACGUUUUCCGAACCAAUUCGCCAAUGCCAGACCCGCUACCGCACCCGGCGGCAUGUUUUUCACGGGGAAGAAUAUCAAAAGUAAAAAUGUCUGGGUCUGGAAACUUGUGAUGCUGGGUGGCGUCUCAUGAUGAGGCUACAAAUGCUGGCUCAGCAUGACAAGUUUCUGAGCUCCUAGGUGUUGCCUACUCUGCAUGACAAACUGCGCUUCUGCAUCACAGAAAAGCGGAGCUCUUGGGUAACGUGCAUGACAGAUUUAAGAGUCAUGCCAGACAAGCAUAACAAACUUGCGUUCUUCCAGACCCAGACAUUUUUACAUUUGAUAAAGAAACAGCAACAGCAAGAAGAAACUACAACAACAUCUCCAUCCAAACAACCCCAGAAAUACCCGGAUGUCUUCAAGGCGUGGAAGCUGUAUUUCGUGAAGGAUCAGUCGUACGGGCGGUUAGAUGAGAAAACCUUCGUCAGACUCGCAACCGCCUUUCCGGGAAUAUGGAGUUCUCAAACGUUACGUUCUCAACUGUUACAUGAAGUUGUGAUGCAAAAAUAGCAAGAGUGAAAGGGGGAACAUUGCGCCUCUUGCAAUACAGGUUUGGCACAGAUUUAGAUCCUGUUUAGCCCUUCGUAAAUUUGUUAUGUGAAGCAGCUAGAUGGUUUAGAUGCUGCUGAGAGUUUUGCAUGACAAAUUCUGGAACAGUUGAGGGUGUGACGUUUAAGAACGCCAUAGGGAAUCUCGGAGUUGCUGGCCUCCCGGGUCUUCAAGAUUCUGGACUUAUCAAAUGCAAAAAUAUCUGGGUCUGGAAGAUUCUGAGACUUGUCAUGCAUAUUUUGCAUGACCCAGGAUCAGGAUGUCUGUAAUGCACGACCUAGCAUCACUGAUUUUUUUUAGAGGGCUUCCUGAAGCCUACUACGCAUGACAAACGCCCUCCCCGCGUAGCACAAACUAGACUCCUCUUGCUGGUCACGCAAUACAAUUUUUUUUGGAGUCCAAAGUUAGCAUCACAAGUUGAUGUUCCAACCUUCCAGACCCAGACACUUUGCAUUUGAUAGGACUACGACAAGAUCAAUUUCAUGACCCGGGAGAAGUUCCACAUGCUGGAUUUGUUAUGAACUGCAAAGGUAUCGCACUCGUAGUCGUACAAAUGCAUUACAAAUUUCCCCAGCAUGAGAAAUGAAAUUUGUAAUGCUGCUUCACCUCAAGAAAAAGAUUUGCCAUGCAUGAAUUGCAAUACGAGUACGAUACUUCUGCACAGGAUAUUUGUACCACUACAACAAAACCGACGAGCAGCUGCGACAGGAGCAGCUCGCCAAGGCGGCAGCCGCGGGAGACCAGAUAUCAAAUGUAAAAAUGUCUGGGUCUGGAAACUUGUGAUGCUGGGUGGCGUCUCAUGGUGAGGCUACAAAUGCUGGCUCAGCAUGACAAGUCUCUGAGUUCCUAGGUGUUGCCUAUUCUGCAUGACAAACUGCUUUUCUGCAUCACAGAAAAACGGAGCUCUUGGGUAACGUGCAUGACAGAUUUAAGAGUCAUGCCAGACAAGCAUGACAAAAAUGAAUUCUUCCAGACCCAGACACUUUUACAGUUGAUACCAGAAGUUGAAGUCCGCGCAAAAUUUGAUCCACGCCAAGGGGCAAACCACUUUGGAGAUCGCCCGAAGGAAAAGGCAGCGCGCGAUGGAGCAGCAGGCCGAGGUGGUGAAGCUGUACAACGACUUUAAAGCGGCCUUACUAGCCAGGUUCGGGAACAUGGUCCGUGCGUGGCAAUUUUUGGACAAAGACAAGUCCGGCCGAGUCUCCUACACGGAAUUUGCGAAAGCGUGUCUGGACAUGGGCUUCCGGGGCAGGUUGAAGGAGCUGUUCCGGUACAUCGACGAGGAUAACACGGGCAUGGUCAGCUUCCAAGAGUUCGCGCCCGAUAUUUUCGAGGCUUUCGAGGAGUGGUUCGGCUAUCUGCGGUACGUCACGGACGACGAAAGGGCGUCGACCGGGUUCAAGUCGGUGUUUGGAUCCAACGUGAAAAAUAUCACGAGACAGGAAUUCCUGACCGGCUGCUCGCACCUGGGGUACACGGAGCAGGCAAAGCUUUGCGACCCGAUCACGCUGUUCGAGUGGCUCGAUACGGACAACGGCGGCAGCUUGAACUUCGAGACGGAGAUAUCAAAAGGAAAAAUCCCCCCUCCCCAUAUCGAAACCGAAAUAUGUGAUGCUGUAUUUGAGUACACAAAUCGACUUGUAUUGUUAGAAGGCCUAGAGACGCCGCUGCGGCCUUAAUUGCAGCCGAUUUGUCAUGCUGCUUCCCAUUUCCAGUUGCCUCCUGUCAUGCUGAAGUUGCAAGGCCUUCCUACGCCGCCCAGCACUACAGUCUGCUUCUUUUGCAUUCUAGCAACAUGACACCAUGAUACGUGGUCACAAAUCACGCUACACAAAUCUCCGCUCCAGUAUCUAUGGGGAGGGGGGAUUUUUCAUUUUGAUAGGAGAUCGCCUGGCUGGAGAAGCAGCAGGUGGUCAAGUCCUUCUCCGAUUAUUCAGGAAAAAAGACCCGUCCCCACCCAAUGCCAAUUUGUCAUGCAAAACAUGUAUAAAAAUAAACUAAAGUCCCGUGUUUGUCCUGCACGGACAUGAUGAUGAUGAUGAUGAUGAUGAUGAUGAUGCAAAAAAUGGAUGGGCGGCAUGGUUCUUUUUUCGAGGGAUACCGAUCUCCAGGAGGAGCGGGGGCAGUACCGAAUUUCUGGCCGGUACAAACUGCCCACCGGAAACAGCAUGCUGUGGCAGCAGUUGAAGUGGCGGGAGAGGAGGUUAGCGAUGAGCAUGGGGUUAUCCAGUACAAAUAUGUCUAGGUCUGGGAGGACGCGAACUUGUCAUGCUAAGUCUGGAUCGUACAAAAAGUUGUGUUGCAUGACUACCAAAAUAAGCUGUUCACCGUUGAACAAGUUUCGUGGCAGCUUGUCAUGCAGGACAGGCAUAAUAGCGACGUCGCAGAACCUGUCGUGCUAGGACCUGCAUUCCAAACCUCACCCGGCAUGGAGAAUAUGCAUGAGAAGUUUGCACUCUUCCAGACCCAGUAGACAUAUUUGCAUUCGAUAGGGGUUCGAGCCGCCACCGCACGGGAUCGGGCAGUUGCCGCAGAACCCGUAUCCUGUGCAAAAGUAUCGUACUCGUAUUGCAAUCAUGCAUUACAAAUCUUUUCCCUAAGGUAAAUCAGCAUUACAAAUUGCAUUUCUCAUGCUCCUGAGGAAAUUUGUAAUGCAUUUAUACGAGUACGAUGCUUUUCCGCUGCAUAACCCGAAGUUUUUCACGACACUCGUCACUAUGGAGAAGAACAUCUCAGUGAUCUAAGUACCUCCCGAUUGCUGCUAGUAGUCCUAAGGAAUAAUAAAAUAAAAAGGCAGUCCGUCAUGCGGAUUCGCCUGUAGAGCUUUAUUUCUCGUCGUGGUGCAAAAGCAAAGCGUCUACUUAAGCGAGAUGCGCCAAAAAUCAUUCCAGACCGCAAAGAAAUGAGUGACUUUUGGUGUGCUUUUUAUUUGCAUAACAAAACAGAGGGAGAUAGCAAAUCCGCAUGACAGCUUGUGACUUAUUUUCUUCGGGGUAACAGCAGUCGCUAAGAUCACUCAUUUGCCCACUAUAGUCAAAGAAGAGAAGGACACGAAGGAGAAAAAACCUAAGGAGGACGACGAUAGACCCAAAACCACGAUGUCCCGACCGGGCUCCGCUCCCGCAGGGCUGGUCAGUUUGCGAGCUUUACGGCAGGAGCAGAAGAGACGGGAAAAACAGCACGAGGAGGAUAUGAAGUGCAAAAGUAUCGUAUUAGUAGAAAUUGCUUUUAUGCAUCACAAAUCUUUUUCCUAAGGCAAAUCCGCAUUACAAAUUCCAUUUGUAAUGCUGAGCAAAUUUGUAAUGCAAUUUAUACUAGUUUAGUACGAUACUUUUUCAGUGCAUAGAGGAGGUGCGAUGGCAAAACCAGCUCUUCGACCGGGUGGAAAGCUAUCCCCUGAAAAUUAACCAUCCCCAUUCACUUUUUGCAUGACAAACACAGAGACUGCUACAUGUUUUGCAUGACAAACUGGAUGGGGAUGGUUAAUUUUCAGGGGAUAAAAGCAUGACGCCACUAGAGCUCAAGGAAGUCUAUGCAUUGCAAAUAUCGGUAAAUCCAUCUGGGUCCUCUGGAAAUAACUUGUCAUGUCAAAAAUCUAUGUCUAUCAUUGAGUGUCUGGAUCUUCAUGGUCUUCAGCAGCCUCUGCCUCCGCGGAGUAGACACACAUGAUACAGGACGAGUUCUUGAGUGGUCUUUUCCGCGGUAACUCGCGUCGACAGAGAAGUGCUCCUACAACUAGAAAGGUUUUCUAAGUUUGAUGAUGUUGCUGUAUCAUCGCCACAUGCAAGAACAUGACAGGUUUUUUUUGUCUUGUCAGCCUAGCAUGACAGGAGAUCCUCGAUUCUCCUUACUUCCAGACUUGGAUAUUAGCGUAUUUGCAUUUGAUAAAGCUGUCGACCGCGCAACUACAUUGCCCACGGUCAGUUGGACACUGGACGGAGAGCGGGCGGUGAUAAGGUAUGAUGAUGAUCUCUAUCACCAUCUCGUAUCUACAAUAUUUCUAUUUGACAAAUGCGAUCAUGUUGUUGUUACAGCUGAAACGUGGUUGAUGCUUUUUUUUAGACCUUCGUCCCAUAGAAGUUCUUUGGACGAGCACGAGGUCGUACAUCUUCUCUAUCGCUGGCUUGUUGCAUGAAGAGCAGAUGGAACUCCCUCUGGUGCUGCUGGAAUAUAGUAGGUCCGAAUAAAGCUGCACUGGUGUGAAAAAAAAUAGAGUAUACUUCUGGUUCUGUCUACUAAUAUCAAAAUUAAACUGCCAACUAUACAACAGGAAAACGCGGAUACGCCCGUCUACGGCGAUUGAGGAGAAAGCGGCCCUGGUUGCCCGGGAGGAGAGGAGGUUAGCCCGGCUGUACACGACGCCGCCGCCCGUUCCGGGAGCGGCCAAAUUGAUGGGCUUCGAUGCGGUUGCGAAAAAAACGAAGGGGGCGUCGAUUCUGAUAUUGAGAGGAAAAAUCCCCCCUCCCCAUAUUGAAAACGCAUUCGUCUGAAAAUUUGUGAUGCAGAUUUGAGGUCACAAAUCCUGUCUGUCUUGCCAGAAGGCAAAGCCAGAGAGUCCGCCGCAUUAUGCCGGCGGUUUGUGAUGCUGCUGGGCUUACAGAGCCGACGUCUGUCAUGCUAGUCCCCUAUGUCAAAACCUCUCGACCCAGGCUUGGCAUAUGCCUGCAGUGCUCUCCAGCAAGACAGACCUGAUUUGUGUGCGCAAAUUCAGCAUCAGAAACUUCGUUUCGAUAUGGGGAGGGGGGAUCUUUCCUUUUGAUAUCUGAAGAAGAAGUUGGGCUCGUAAAAAUCCUGGGUCAUUCUUCGUGAUCGUACAGAGGAAGAGGUGGAGGUGGAGGUCGUUCCCUUUCCGCAAAUGCAAGUGGUCCACGAAAUGUCUUUACUGGACAACUUUUCAUCAAAUCAUCAUACACUAGCACAGCAGGCCUUGUCUGCCACGUGCCUGUAGUUGCAACAUGUUCGUUAGAAAUCGAAAGACGCAAUCGCAAAUAUAAAUGAAAAUGAGUCGAGAGAUAAAAUCAACCGCUAGAGAAAAAUGUAGUUUUUUGAGCUGCUUUCUAUGUAAAACAACCACUUUUGCUUUUCAUCGUCUUCGUCGUGGUCGUCUUAUUCUUACACUAUCGCUAGAGCUGGAGUGUACCUCUACUACAGUAUCAGAUUGAAUUUUCUUGAAUGUUACUUGUCAUAGUAGUUGGCGUUGGCCCUGUUCUGGUACUAGAGCAGACAACGAAAUCGAGCAUCUUUACUAAUAUACAACUUAGAUGCAAAAUGAUGAAAAUUAUACUGCAAAGAUUGGUUAAAAUCAUGUAACAACGUCUGUUGCCGGCCGAUUCCGGUUUUGUUUGAAAUAUGUAAAGCUUGAUGCUGCUUUGCUAUUCUUGAUACAUACAUUGAAAAGUCAAAGUGUGCAUUAGCAAUGCAAAUUCUGUCGUGCUCGUGUCGGACCAAGAUGAAUGGUACUUCAGUUCUUGUGGAGCUCUGAAC